AUGACAUCUACAGAGCAUUCGUGGGAUAAAGAAGUUGAUUUACUUGUUGUUGGUUCUGGCGGUGGCGGUAUGGCCGCGGCGCUUCGUGCCCAUGAUUUAGGUAGUGAGGUUCUGCUGAUUGAAAAGGGUGACCUCUAUGGCGGCUCAACAGCAAUCUCUGGUGGUGUUUGUUGGGUUGGGAAUAACCGGCAUAUGCCAAAAGCUGGUAUUCAAGACAGUGAUGAAGAAACUCUGACCUACCUUAAACACAUUACCAAAGGGGAGGUUGCUGAGGAAAAAAUUACGACCUAUGUUCGUGAAUCUAAUCGUGUUAUCAACUAUUUACAUGACAACAGUCAGGUAAAAUUUACAGCUGUUGCCAAGUAUACAGACUAUUAUCCAGAAGCGCCCGGCGGUAAAAUGGGCGCAAGGUCUAUGGAAUGCCCUAGGUUUAAUGCAAAGGUUUUAGGACCACGUUUAAUGGAACUGCAGCGGCCUCAUAUUCAAUCUCAGAUUAUGGGUAAAUUUGGCAUUAUGGCUGGAGAAGCGCAUCAAGCGCUUGUUGGCAACUGGCGGACCAAGUUUUUUAUGGUCUGGCAAUUUAUCAAAUAUCUGCUGCGUUCUGGUGCCCGUAAGCGUUGUGGUAGAGACACAAGUCUUACAGCAGGUAAUUCGCUGAUGGCGCGUUUUUUUACCUCGUUAAUUGACCGUAAUGUUGAGAUGUGGAAGGAGUCUUCUGCUCAGGAACUUAUUAUUGAAGAUGGGCAUGUUCUUGGUGCACUUGUUGAAAAAACGGGACAAAGCUUACGCAUUCGGGCACGUCAAGGUGUUGUACUUGCUGCUGGUGGAUUUGAACAUAAUCAAGACAUGCGAAACCAGUACCAGAAACAACCGAUUAAGACAGAGUGGAAUGUUGGUAAUACAUUAAACGUUGGUGAUGGUAUUAAGCUAGGGCUUACUGCUGGUGGUACGUUAGACCUAAUGGAUGAAGCGUGGUGGACACCGAUUUGUCAGGUGCCAGGUAAAACGCCAGCUUUUGUUUUAGUUGUUGAAAAAAGUCUUCCCCAUGGCCUUUUUGUUAAUAAUCAAGCCAAACGUUUUACCAAUGAAGCCGCGCCUUAUAUUGAUGUUGUUCAUGGUAUUUAUGGUGAUGAUGAUGGACAAGGUAAAACGAUUCCAGCCUGGCUUAUUUUUGAUGCUACCUUCAGGCAGCGGUUUCCUGUUGGGCCAGUACCUCCAGGGUAUGCUGCUUCAGAUGGCGUGAUGAAACGGUUUUUUAAGAAUGGUUUUUUAACGAAAGCGGACAGUUUGACAGCACUGGCUGAAAAAAUAGAUCUCGAUCCUGUGCAAUUACAAGAGACGAUUAAUCGUUUUAAUACCAAUGCGCGUCAAGGGCUAGAUCCGGAUUUUGGCCGUGGUAAGAGUGCCUCUGAUCGCUAUUAUGGUGAUCCUCGUGUGAAGCCCAAUCCUUGUUUAGGUCCUGUUGAAACUGCACCAUUUUAUGCGAUUCGUAUCUAUCCUGGUGAUUUAGGUACCAAAGGUGGUCUCAUUACCGAUACGCAGUCACGUGUACUACGUGAAGAUGGUACAGCAAUUGCUGGCCUUUAUGCGACAGGCAAUUGUAGUGCUUCUAUGAUGGGGCGUACGUAUCCUGGGGCAGGGGGAACAAUCGGUCCUGCGAUUACUUUUGGCUUUUUAGCGGCAGAAGCUGCUGCUCAGGAUACAACCGGAGGUUAA